GUACGCAUGCGCCGAAUUGUCAAGUAAAACAAAUCUGAAAUUUUUUAUUUUAGUUUGGCGAAUUAUGGCUGUAAUCUCACUCUAACGCAUACAUAAGAAUGAUGUGUGUUUGACAGCCAAUUAUGGGAAAUAGAAAAAGAAUUCUUUAGAUCGGCAUUGUGUGUAAAAUGGAACCUACACCACCAAGGAAACCAAAGCAACCUCUAUCUUUCUAUGAAGCCCCUGAACAUGUGAAGACCAGUUCUAAGAUAAUCAGUGAGGCUCGACAGCAAGUUCGAGGUGGACUUGACACAGAGAGGCCAUUUACACCCCAAGAUGGAAAGCGCUCUCUGUUUGGGGGUAGCAGCCGAGGCCCAGAGAGUAGACCCCCAAGUGCUUUUAGUCUUGGUGCACGUCAUUUUGAUGGAACAGACUCUAGACCAACUUCAGGAAUAGACUCACGACCUGUCUCUGGAACCAGAUUAUUACCAUUGAGCUAUGAACCAAGGGUUCCCUCACCACCAAAAAGAACAUCCAAGGUUCCCAGGCCACCAGCUGACCCAAACCGACCAAUCACAAGGAAGGGUUCAAGGUCAAAGCAGAUUGGCAGGUCAGACAGCAUGGAAGAGUGCUCACAGUCCAUUCCACCAGGACCUAUAUCCAGUGCAAGUAGAGCAGGAUCUCUAACAGAUGUCACUAGUCGAAGGUCAUACCCUACCACCCCUGAUGUGAAUAGAAGAGUCCAUAGUGGGCCAAAAGAAAGGACCACCCCAUUAGAAGAAAGAGGGGUAGCAGAUGGUGGGGAAUGUGAGCCCAGAGUCAUAAGCAGACAGAGUAAUAUUGUCCCAGAUAACACUGGAACAUCUAGUAGACAGUCAAGUGCUGAGAAAACAGGAAGUGCUGGAAGAAAGGAAGAUGAAACCCCCGAAGAAGCUUUAUACUUUAAUACAAACAUUCUACCCAUAUUGGAUCAUAUAGCCACAUUAGUAAAGGAUAAAGACACAGAUCUCUUACACAGUCUCACGUGCCAACUACAUGAGAAACUUGAAGAGGGUAAAAUGCUAGGGAGGAACUGUAAACGAAGGUCAGCAAUCCUAAAAACAGUCUUCAAAAUCUUAGACAGUGAUGACCCUAAACUCUUAAUCCGAGUAGCAAGGGUAGUUUUACAGCUCAAAGUCACAGCAAAUAAUCUAACAAAUGUAUGCAAACUGAUCUUCAAAGUGAGCAGGAAUGAAAGAAAUGAUCAGCUUUUCCUUAAAGACACAAUAAUAGAGGAUCUCUUGCCUGUAGUGACAAUAGACCACAAUGCACAACCAGAGGCCUUGGUGUACUGUAUAGGUGCUCUGAAAUUUCUAUCUGGGAAUUCAACCAUUGUAAAACACAUGUCAAUGGCUGGAUGUAUAUCAGCUUUGGGACAGCAAUUAGCAGCUAUUAACAAAGCGAAUGCAGAAUCCAGUAAACCAAGUGGAACAGGUGCUAAUGUUUUGGUCCAGCUCACUGCUACUUUACGGAAUCUCGCAAAUGUCUCAAAUAGUCGCCAGGAAUUUCUGGACAGUAGUAUUAUGGAAAAUUUAUGUCCUCCUCUGAUCUCCUACCCAUCAGAUGUUGAUCUCGCCCUGAAUGUGUCACGGAUUUUAAGUAAACUGACGACGCACACAGAUUGUUGUGCGAAGGUGUGUAACACAGGCUCUUACUACAAAGCAUUCCUCAACACACUUGCCACUCACAGGAAAAAUGAGGACCUUGUAGUACGCGUUGGUUUCAUCCUUGGCAACUUGACAGCUAAAAGUGAAAAUGCACGUGAGCAGUUAUUUGCAGCACCUAAAGCUUUAGAAACUUUACUAGCAGUAUUCAAACACUACUUACUAGAGGAUUUGCAGGAAAGCAAUGCAUCUAAAGAUCAGAAUCAGAAUGGAGUAAAAACAGAUAAUCUUCCAAGUAGCAAAACAGAAGAUGUUUUAACUAAACUUUUACGAGUCAUAGCUAAUUUAUCCAUCAAUGAGAUGAUUGGGUCAUCAAUAGCAACGAAUCGCACAUGUAUAAAGUACCUCAUACAGAUCUUAGAAAAUAAAGAUAUCUCACAGAGCGAAGAGCUGAUAUUGAAUACCAUGGUAACUCUGAAUAACUUGACGUAUUAUCCUGUGAAGAAAAGUGCCAUUGUAGACCUAGAUACUGAGCUGACUGAAGCAUGUAUGAAGCUGAUGCUAGCAGACCAUAUGGAGGGAAUGGCAGAGGCAGGACGUGUCUUUGGCAAUCUUACCAGGAGGAAAACUGUUAGAGACAUCCUAGUGAAUAACAAAGUUGAUGAAAUGAUGGUAGCUCUCCUAGACUCUGGCAGUAGGGAGGUUGUAUUUACUGCAUGUGGGGUGAUGAUUAAUAUAAUGGUAGACGAAGAGAAGAGGGCUGUUCUGAAGCAAGAAGGGGGGAUUAGGAAAUUGGUAGAUGUUCUCCGAGACUUUGGUCGCAAUGACUGGCAGCUUGCUACCAUGGUCUGCCAGAUAUUGUGGAACUACAGCAGUAAGAUAACAAGUACAAACUCAUGUUUUGGGGAGGAGGAAAGCUCAGAUCUGAAUGACUUGUUACUGGAAUUUCUAGAUGAGGAGACUGCAAUGGCUCCCUCUUUUACAGAAGAAUUUGACGAAGAAAUGAGGGAAUUCUUCCAUGAAAAUUGGGAAACAGAUUUUUGUCCAGUUGCAUCACAAUUGCUCAACAGAAUCGAGGAGCAUCAGUCAGACUUUGAACCCUUAUGA